CUCGAUUGCGGAUGCCAAUCUAUUCAGUGCAUCGGUGGAGUCUGCUACUGGUGUCAUCGACGAAGCAGCCGAACGGGCCACUGAAACUAUGCCGGGGCGUGAUCUCCUUUAAAGUUACUACAGCGGUACUUCAAAUCAGCUUUUAAUCACCUAUAGCGUCUCCCAGAGGGAAGCAGAUCAAACAGCUGGAAACCAGGAUGUGAGCUGUCCUUGAGGAUGUUUAGAGCUCUGCUGAGGCACUGGGAGGAGUAAAUGUCCAUCAGUGAGGGGGAGAGGACAGCCAAUGAUCCUCUGCGCUGCCUUGACUGUCUUCUGAAGCCUCUCCCUGUCUGCAGCAGUGCAGCUCCCGUACCAGGUGGAAAUGCAGUAUGUUAGCAGGCUCUCAAUGGAUGAGUGGUAGAAGGCCAGCAGCUUCCUAACCAGCUUGUUCUUCCUGAGGACUUGCAGGAAGUGCAGACAGAGAUACAGUAUUUGCUGUCAUUGAGCGGUCAUCUGAGAUCUGGAUUCCCAGGAACCUGUCCAGCAUCCUGGCAUAGCUUUGCUUCUGUGCCAGAUGACUAAGCACAGCGUGCAGAGCUGUGGUGAUGGCGUCAGACAACAACAGACAAUUAACACCAAAAUCUGCAUGCUAAACCAUUUUACUGGCUUGAAAAUGAAAAGAGUUCAAUCAUUGAAAAGGGUUCAAUCAAUAUUAGUUUGAACUAAAGAUGCAUGAUAAUAUCGGUUACCAAUAAUUAUCGGCCUAUAAUGGCAAUUAUGACGUCACACAGAUAAAAAAGAAUUUUAAAAAAUUCAACCUAGAAUGCAAUCCGGUAGUUCUAUACUUUAUUUAGCCUCCAAUUGUGUGCAACCGACACAGUUUUGUCAAAUUCUGCGCCGGCGUCCCAAACCCUCUUAAAGGUUUUUUUUUGUGCAAUUAAGUAUUUAAUUUGUAAGCAUUAUAAAGAUUAAAAUAAUAUACUUUGUUUUGACGUUGGAAUUUACUACUUGCUCACAUUUGAUGUGGAAAAAGUAGCGAUAAAUUCUAUUUUUGCGCAGCAACAUUUUCUCUUUUUUUAGAAUUUUAAUUUGUAUGUAUGUAUAUCUUUUCAAUAGAGUUAUCAGCUUGACAUUAUCGGUUAUUGGCUGGAAGGAGGAGACAAUUAUUGUUUAUCGGAAUCGGUUGAAAAAUGCAUUAUCGCGCAUCACUAGUUUGAACUAACGACAGGGCCAUCUGCUCUACUGAGUGACAGUCAAAAACUGUAUCAUAGUGGCUGGAUAGUGCAUGUAAGCAAUUUAUUACAAAGUGUUGAAUAAUAAUUCCUCCUUGUGUUUGUACAUCUGUUGCACUAUUCAAUCAUUUUGAAAAAUUUAAUGAAUAAGGGUAGUUAAGUAGUAAACAUGUCUACCUCACAGUUCUGAGAUCAAGGGUUCAAUUCUCCAGCCUUCCUUCCUGUUUGUGGUUUGCAAUUUCUCCCCGUGUCUGCGUAGGUACUCUGGUUUCUCCCCCACAUCCCAAAAACAUGGAUGGAAGCCUGAUUUAACUCUUCAAAAUUGUUCCUAGAUUUGAAAGUUGCUUACAUGUUUUCCACGAACUGACUCCACAAAGUUGAAGUCCCAUGCACAGCAGCAGCCACUUUUAAAAUGACAGUUCUAUUCCUGGCAGUCUCACUCUCAUUGUCACUAAAUCAGCAAUGGGAUAAGGAUUAUGUCCGCUGCGUUUUCACGCGCAUCAAAUCACUGACGUCAACAGAUUACAGACCUCAGCACUUCUAAUCCUUGACUGUGUGAAUAUUCUCUUCCUUCCAGCCGCUAGACUGUCGAGAGUCCACCAUGCUGUCCCGGCUCAGGAGCAGCUUUCCCUUCAGGUCUGCCUACGUGUCUACGUGCAGAUGGGCACACACAAAAGAGAAGGGGAAGCCAUUAAUGCUCAACCCCCGCACCAACAAAGGAAUGGCUUUUUCUUUACAGGAGCGACAGAUAUUGGGUUUACACGGCCUGCUGCCUCCUAAAGUAGAAACACAAGACCUCCAGGCAAUGCGCUUCCAGAAGAAUCUCAAGAAAAUGACAGAUCCCCUUGAAAAGUACAUCUACUUAAUGGGUAUCCAGGAAAGAAACGAGAGGCUCUUCUACAGGGUGCUGAUGGGAGACAUCGAGGAGCUGAUGCCCAUCGUCUACACACCUACCGUCGGCCUGGCCUGUACACAGUAUGGACACAUAUUUAGACGACCCAAGGGCUUGUUUAUCUCCAUUCUGGAUAAAGGACACAUUCGCUCCAUCUUGGACAACUGGCCAGAAACAAAUGUGGCUGCAGUCGUGGUGACUGAUGGAGAGCGUAUUUUAGGCCUCGGCGACCUAGGUGUUUAUGGCAUGGGGAUCCCUGUUGGCAAACUCUGCCUGUACACGGCUUGCGCUGGCAUCAGGCCUGAGAAGUGCCUCCCUGUCGUAAUUGACGUCGGCACAGACAACGAGACUCUACUCAAAGAUCCGCUCUAUAUGGGCCUUUACCAGAGGAGGGAUCGCUCGCAGGCUUAUGAUGAUCUCAUUGACGAAUUCAUGGAGGCCGUGGUGGACAAAUAUGGGCAGGACACACUUAUCCAGUUUGAGGAUUUUGGGAACCACAACGCUUUCCGUUUUCUCAGGAAGUACAGGGAGAAGUACUGCACCUUUAACGACGAUAUUCAAGGCACAGCAGCUGUGGCCCUUGCUGGUCUGCUCGCGGCUCAGAGGGCCACUGGAAAGCCCAUCACGGAACACCAAGUGCUUUUCCUCGGAGCCGGAGAGGCUGCUCUGGGCAUUGCAAACCUGAUUGUCAUGGCCAUGAUGGAGUCGGGCAUGUCGCAGGCGGACGCUAGGAAAAAAAUCUGGAUGUUUGACAAAGAUGGCUUACUCGUUAAGGGAAGGUUGCAGGCAACGGACGCUAACCAGGAAGUGUUCGUUCACGACAGUCCUGGUGACGUUCACAGCUUUCUGGAUGCUGUCAAUACUAUUAAACCAACAGCUAUUAUUGGUGUGGCGGGAGCUGGUCGACUAUUCACCCAUGAUGUCAUCAAGGCCAUGGGCGCUAUAAAUGAGCGCCCCAUUAUCUUCGCCCUUAGCAACCCUACUACCAAAGCAGAGUGUACCGCUGAGGAUGCCUACACAUUUACAGAUGGUAGAUGUCUCUUUGCCAGUGGUAGUCCUUUUGAUCCUGUGACUCUGAGUGAUGGACGAGUUUUCACUCCCGGUCAAGGCAACAAUGCUUACAUCUUUCCAGGUGUGGCUCUGGCUGUCAUCCUGAGCGGGGUGCGUCACAUCAGUGAUACAGUGUUCUUGGAGGCUGCCAAGACGCUGGCAGAGCAGCUGACUGAUAAAGAACUGGAAGAAGGUCGACUAUACCCACCUUUAUCCAACAUCAGAGAAGUUUCUCUCCAGAUGGCUGUCAAGGUGGUGGAGUACGUGUAUGCCAAAGGCAUGGCCUUUCGCUACCCGGAGCCGGUGGACAAGAAUGCUUUUGUGCAUGCAACAGUGUGGAACACAAACUACGACUCCUUCUUGCCGGACACCUAUGACUGGCCUGGGGUCAACUUCAGCCCCAAGCCUAGUAACUAGACACACUCACUCCUUCUUAAGUUACGAUCCCACUCCAUUCCUUAUAUCCACACCAUAAAGAACAACUGAACAUGUAUUAUGUUACAUUUCAGCUGUCUUGUGACAGCAUGGGCAUUUAGUUUGGAAUUGUCACUGUUCUUUCUUGCCUCACUGAUUAAUACCUUUAACAAUUGCAUCCUCUAGUGGUGAAAAAGGGCAGCUGAAAAUUAUAGUUGAAGCACUAAAAUCAUUUAGAUACAAGCAGGGCAAAUAGAUAGUUGACAUUCAAAGAAAGCAGUAUACACAUAUUUUGAGCAGGUUAAGUCAUUGUUGGAAGGCAGUUCAAAGACCCCAAACAGGAUGGGGCUGGGGGUAUUAUUAUUUGGGAUUGAAAGUGUCACACUGGUUUAAAAUUUGUAAUUUCAUCCUUGACCAUUUUCUGAGUACAACAAAAUGUAGUUUUUUUUUUUUUUUUGUAAUAGACAUUUAACA